UGGCAGAACUCGAGGGGGGCGCCCAUUCGGACGAGACGAAUAGCGGUGGUGACAACAGCAACGCCGGAAGUGUGUCUGGGGGCACGGAUGAUGACCAAGCGCGUCUCCGUUUAAAAAGGAAGCUUCAAAGGAAUCGCACAAGCUUCAGCAACGAGCAAAUCGAUGCUCUCGAGAAGGAAUUCGAGAGGACGCAUUAUCCAGACGUUUUCGCCAGGGAGAGAUUAGCCGGAAAGAUUGGUCUCCCGGAAGCACGAAUACAGGUGUGGUUUUCGAAUCGGCGGGCGAAGUGGCGGCGCGAAGAGAAAUUGCGCACGCAACGGAGGGACAACCCGCAGCACCAGCAGCCACAGCAGCAACAGCAACAGCAACAACAGUCGCAGCAGCAGCAGCAGCAACAACAACAUGCCGGCGGGGUGAGUCUGGUCGGCGCUGGCCAUCCGACACCGCCACCGGCCUCGGGUAUUUUGGCUGGUCAACCACCACCACAAGCACCGCCCUCUCCGCCCAGGAUACAUCAUGGUUUCGCACCCACCGCCGUUUAUCCCGGAAUACCCAGCAUGCCUGAUUCAUACAGUCCCAUGACGUCCAUGCCGAGUUUCACAAUGUCCGGUGGCAGUCAACAGAACCAGCACACGACCAGCAGUAUGUCAUCGUUAUCGACGGGCGGUGGGAUGGGCCCUAUGGGCAUGACCGUAGGCAUGACGGUGGGCCCGAGCCCCGGCGCCUGUCUUCAGCAACGGGACAACGGCUACUCGUGCGGCGUGGCUCGGCCACCAAGUUACGAGCCUCUUCAUCUUGGAUACGGGGCCCGGCCCACCUGCAGCCCCACUCAACCGUACCACACCGCGGGCCUGAACCAGUACAAUCAGAACACCAGCUCGACCGGUCUGAUAUCACCAGGUGUCAGCGUACCAAUUGCGGUACCAGGUCAACCAGCACCAGAUAUGGCAGCGCAAUACUGGUCCCCAAGGCUACAGUGA